AUGCUAAGGACAGAUAUGGAGUGUCAUCAAUGAUACAAUCCCAAGAGAAACCAGAUAGAGUUUUGAUUCGGAUAAAAGACUUGACAGUGGAGAAGGCUGAUGAAGUGGUUUGGGUUCGUGGCAGAAUUCAUACAAGCAGAGCUAAAGGGAAGCAGUGUUUCUUAGUCCUGCGUCAGCAGCAGUUUAAUAUCCAGGCUCUUGUGGCUGUGGGACAGCAUGCAAGCAAGCAGAUGGUAAAGUUUGCUGCCAACAUCAACAAAGAGAGCAUUGUGGAUAUAGAAGGCGUUGUGAGGAAAGCACAUCAGAAAAUCGGAGGUUGUACUCAGCAAGAUGUUGAGCUUCAUGUUCAAAGGAUCUAUGUGAUCAGUUUAGCUGAACCCCGACUGCCCUUACAGCUGGAUGAUGCUGUUCGGCCAGAAGUGGAAGGAGAGGAGGAUGGAAGAGCUACUGUAAACCAAGAUACAAGAUUGGACAACAGAGUCAUUGAUCUGAGGACCUCCACUAGUCAGGCAGUCUUUUGCCUUCAGUCUGGUAUUUGUCAGCUUUUCCGAGAAACUCUUAUUCGCAAGGGAUUUGUGGAAAUUCAGACUCCCAAAAUCAUUUCAGCUGCCAGUGAAGGAGGAGCCAAUGUGUUUACUGUAUCAUACUUCAAAAGCAGUGCCUACCUGGCUCAGUCCCCACAGCUGUACAAGCAGAUGUGUAUAUGUGCUGACUUCGAAAAGGUUUUUUGCGUUGGGCCAGUAUUUAGAGCUGAGGACUCCAAUACACACAGACACCUGACUGAGUUUGUUGGUCUGGAUAUUGAAAUGGCUUUUAACUAUCACUAUCAUGAAGUGGUAGAUGAGAUUGCAGAUACCUUGGUGCAGAUAUUCAAGGGACUUCAGGAAAGAUUCCAAACUGAAAUUCAGACAGUGAACAAACAGUUCCCAUGUGAGCCAUUUAAGUUUUUGGAGCCAACUCUGAGGCUGGAAUACCGUGAAGCUGUGGCCAUGCUUAAAGAAGCUGGUGUUGAGAUGGGUGAUGAAGAAGAUCUGAGCACACCUAAUGAAAAGCUCCUGGGACGCCUGGUAAAGGAAAAGUAUGACACGGACUUCUAUAUUCUUGACAAAUAUCCUCUUGCUGUAAGGCCUUUUUAUACAAUGCCAGACCCAGUAAACCCUAAAAACUCGAACUCUUACGAUAUGUUCAUGAGAGGGGAAGAGAUCUUGUCUGGAGCUCAGAGAAUUCACGAUCCUCAGCUGUUGACAGAAAGAGCCCAGCAUCACGGCAUUGAUCUGGAGAAAAUAAAGGCUUAUAUCGACUCCUUUCGUUUUGGUGCACCUCCACAUGCAGGGGGCGGAAUAGGGCUGGAAAGAGUAACCAUGCUGUACCUAGGGCUGCACAACGUGCGUCAGACCUCCAUGUUCCCACGGGACCCCAAACGACUGACACCCUAACAUGAGCGGCUUUUGAAAGUUUGAGCUGAUUUGCUCUGCAAAUACGAUACCAUGGCAAGCAUAUCCCCUGCUACUGAUGAACCUGUAUUGAUUUGAGUAUUAUAAUAUGCAAUAAAAAAGACAAAAAACAACAUUUAAUUUACUGAAGUGCCACAAUAAUUUUUUUUAUCUGUAGCUGUUUAUUUACAAGAAAAUAUUUUAACAGUUCAAGACUCUUUGUAUUGGCAAUUGUGGACAUUUUUAAUGAAAAUGUGAUACGUUGAGUUAGUGUUCUAGCAUCACAUUAAAUUGUAUCAUAUUUCUAAACAUUUUGAUAAAUUAUGCAAUAAAAAUUCUGCAUUUUUAACUUAUGUCAGCAAGACUGCAUAUUCUAAAGAACAGAAUUGGCCUAAAGCUAAAAUAACUGGACGCUUACAAUUUAAAAAUCAGGAGGAAACCAGCCAAUUGUUAAUUUAUAUGAGUGUCAGGUAGAGAAGCAGGUGAGAAGAACAACAUGCUUAACAACAAGUCUUCAUA